UAUUUUUAUUAUUCGAGGAAUUUAUAGCGAUUCCCCCCCCCGUCGUCGCUAGCUGUUAUAAUUGUUUGUAGCAAAGCCUGUUAUUAUUUUCACGAAAAAUCAGGCAGCGGCGGGGCAGCGUUGCCGUACCCCGAUAAACGGUAGGUAAGAGUUCGUUAAGGCUAGCCAACGGUGCCGUGGCUGCUCAGUAAAUCAGAAAAGGAAAUGGCCCCAAUGUAAACUCACCACAGUCGAGGGGUCCAGCCGCAAAGCAGCCCCCCUCUGAAACAACCUAGUUCGGUUUCCUGAAUGGCGAGUUCUUUUGUUAGGUCGCGUUAACUCGCUAACGUCGGCGGCUUGGCUUAGCCUCUCUCCGCUAGCUCGGUUGGCAAGCAACGGUCGCUAAGCUACCCCUCCGCCUGUUCGUCGCCAAGGUGACGGUCGUGGCUUUUGCCGUCCGCGUCGCUUCGGUGUUGUUGUCUCUGCUUUCUAGGUGACUCCGGUCGUCCGCCCCGCCGAGUCUGGCACGGCGCCCUCCCUUUUCCCCCGGAGCGUCGCCCCGCGGGUCUUACGGCGGGCAGGGCUGCGUGUGUGUGCGGCCGAACGGUCGGAUGCGAAGAGCUGGGAGACCGAGGUGACGCGGGUCAGUGAGGAGAUGUCAGAGCGGGGAUGCCUCUCCUUACACACAGUGGUGUAGUAGAGGGUAUACAGAAGUAUACAGAGUGCACCCGCCUCCUUCGACGGGCGAAUCAACGACUGUACCCACUAUUCAGCCUGACAAGGAGUAGCACAUAUAUGGAUGGUGGGAUUGCGGUAUGCCUACCUCCUCAACGACCACUACACCGAUGGCUGGGGGGAGUAGCAGCAAUAGUGAGAGGGGAGAAGGGGUGCCCGUGUCCACCACUACCACCUCCUCCUUGUCCUCUUUCUGUUCCAUUGGCUCAUCUUUCCGGUUUAUCCCUGCAUUCUGUCUGGGCGUGGUGGCAGCAGUAGUGUUCCAGCUGGCCUGGGGCGGGUUGACUCUCACCUCCUUUUUCUUGAAGCUGUUUAUCUAUGUGUCCUUUGCGCUGCUGUGCUUCCUGGCCGGCAGCUUUGUUCUGCUGGUCAGGAAGAGCCCCCCCAAAGUCAGCUGCUUUGGCCGGAACAGGAGGCAGUCUGCUGCACUGCUGGACUUCUUCAACAAACUCAUGUCUCGUUUUCUAGUGCCUGCACAGGAGUCAACCCAGAGUAGGAGAGUGAUGGUGUCACACAAUGUGGAUAAGGCCCUGAAGGAAGUAUUUGACUAUUCUUACAGAGACUACAUUCUAUCCUGGUAUGUCCCAUUGAGCCGUGAUGAAGGCCAGUUGUACGCCAUGCUAUCCGAGGACUGGUGGCAGAUGAUUGGCCAGCUGAGAGCCAGGCUUGCUGACAUAGACCUAGUCAACGUAGUCUGUUAUGACACUAUUAGAAUCCUUCAUACACACUUCACUGACCUCAAGGCUGCCGCCACAAGACCAGAGGAGUGUGCUCGGCCAUUUCCUCUCCACCCGUGUUUGGUCAGCCCGGAAUCUGAGCUGGCUUUUCUCCGCUGUGUAGCCAGGAUACUGCUUGUUUGUCUGCUACCACAUAGAGAUGCUAAGUCUCAAACACUCCGCUCCUGUCUCACUGAAGUCAUCACCACUAAAGUGUUGAAGCCUUUGGUGGAAGUGCUAAGUGACCCAGACUCCAUCAACAGAAUGCUCUUGUCCCAGCUGGAACAGAGGGAGCAGCAGGCUGAGCAGCAGAAGAAGGCGUACACUUACGCCGCCUCCUAUGAAGACUUCAUCAAACUGAUCUCAACUUCUGCUGAUGUUGACUUCCUUAAACAACUCAGGUAUCAGAUUGUAGUGGAGAUUAUCCAUGCCACGACCAUCAGCAGCCUGCCUCAGCUCAAGAAGCAGAAAGAGCGUAAAGGUAAAGAGUCGGCAGCAAUGAAGGCAGAUCUGCUGAGGGCCCGAGAUAUGAAACGUUAUAUCAAUCAGCUUACCGUUGCUAAGAAACAAUGUGAGAAACGGAUCCGCUCUCUGGGUGGGCCCAACUAUGACAACACAGAGGAAGCUGGGGCUGAUGAGGGUGAUGGACCUCAGAGCCAGAGGAUCCUCCAGUUUGAUGACAUCAUGUGUAACCCAGGAUACAGAGAUCAUUUCAGGGCUUACAUGGAGAGAGUCGAUAAGAGGGCUCUGAUCAGCUUCUGGGAACUUGUGGAGACACUCAAAACUGCCAAUAAGAGUGAGGUGCCGCAGAUUGUAGGGGAAAUCUACCAAAAUUUCUUUGUCGAGAGCAGAGAGAUUCCAGCGGAGAAGGUACUCCUAAAAGAGGUCCAACAGAGUCUGGUGGGCAACAGAGGAACUCAGGUCUUCAUUAGACUACAGGAACAGGUUGCAGAGACGAUGAGGGAGCGGUACUACCCUUCCUUCCUUGUUUCAGACCUAUACGAAAGGCUGAUCAGACAAGACGAGCAGCGCAGCCAGUCACAGUGCAGUACUGAAGACAAGGAGGAGGGGUGUCAGGGCCUAGAUCCAGGCGAAGAAGUGUGUGAUGAAGGUAGCAAAGGAAUCAAUGAGCAGGCAAGCUAUGCUGCUACUAAACUCUGCCAGCUCUAUGACAAAUUGGAGUACAAACGACAGGCCUUGGGGUCCAUCCAGAAUGCGCCCAAACCUGACAAAAAGAUAGUGUCCAAGCUUAAGGAGGAGAUUGGAGCCAUGGAGAGAGAACACAGUGAACUACAGCAGCACAUCAGCAGGACAGACUGGUGGUGUGAGAACCUAGGUCACUGGAGGGCUACUAUCACUACUGCCGAGGCUACAGAGGAAAGUGGUGAGACAGUGGCCUGUUACAGUAUUUGUGUGAGUCUGGUGGAAGGAGAAGAGUCGGCCAACAGUCGCUGGAGUGUCCAGAGGAAACUCACAGAGUUCCAGACCCUGCACCGCAAACUAACUGAGUGUUUUCCGUCCUUGAAGAAACUACAAUUACCAUCUUUGAGUAAACUGCCCUUCAAAUCCAUUGACCAGAAAUUUUUGGAGAAGAGCAAAACUCAGCUUAAUGCCUUUCUCCAGCGUCUGUUAACAGAUGAGCGGCUAUGCCAGUCAGAAGCUCUCUAUGCGUUUCUUAGCCCAUCCCCAGAGCAUCUCAAGGUGAUGUCGAUCCAGAAGAAAUCCUCUUUCUCUCUGGCCUCCUUCCUAGAAAGACUACCAGGGGACUUCUUCUCGCAUACUGAGGAGGAGGCUGAGGAUGACAGUGACUUGUCAGACUACGGUGAUGAGGCAGACGGAAAGAAAGAUGCCCUGGCUGAACCCUGCUUCAUGCUCAUAGGAGAGAUCUUUGAACUGCGAGGCAUGUUUAAGUGGGUGAGGAAGACUCUGAUUGCACUAGUCCAGGUGACUUUUGGACGAACCAUCAACAAACAGAUCCGGGACACGGUGAACUGGAUCUUCUCUGAACAGAUGUUGGUCUGUUACAUCAAUGUGUUCCGGGACACUUUCUGGCCCAACGGGAAGCUCGCCCCACAUGUCAAAGUCCGAACUGACUCAGAACGCAGAGAUACAAAGGAACGGGCCCAACAGAAACUUCUGGACAACAUCCCAGAUGCCCUCGCAAAUCUAGUUGGCCAGCAGAACGCCCGCUAUGGAAUCAUCAAGAUCUUCAAUGCCCUGCAGGAGUCUAGUGCCAACAAGCAUCUUCUCUAUGUGCUGAUGGAGAUGUUACUCAAGGAACUAUGCCCUGAACUUAACACGGAGGUGGAGCGUAGCUGAACUAACACGGAUGCAUUGGGUUUUUGGUCGAAAUUUAAGAUUUUGCUGGUUCUUUCAGGAUUUUCUGUAGCUUACUAUUCACUAACUGCCAAGUAAGACAGGAAGACAUCCUUGUGGUCAAAGCUGAGAUGGACAUGAAUUCAUUUGGCAGAACCUUGCUGUGAAGGGACAAAAGACUGUUUAAACUAGGACAGAAAACCCGAGGUUGUGGCACAGAUUUGAUGUUGUGACUGUGUAAACACGGAGGAGCCAUAUGGGAGUCGAGUGGACUUGACCAGACUGGAUCUGAUAUUUAAAACCGUUGUGAUCUAGGUCUGUUUUUUCAUGUUAAUCAGCAUCAAAACAUCAGAUCUAUAGAGUCGAAAUCAAAUCUCUUCUGUGUUAAUGCAAGGUCUACUGAAUACCAAGUCUAGUGGCUUUCUUGUGGACUGGUGUGGGGCCAGUGUCAGAGAGAACAAGUAGUCCUGCUCGGUACAGAAAGAGUUCUGGUCCCAGUCACUAAAUGUUUGUAGUCAAGGUAACUUGGCUGUCAUUGUCAGUACUUCAAAAGUAUGAUUUGUAGACCUUGUAUAAAUGCAGCCAAGGGGAUUGCGUUUUGGCGUUUUCUGUUGCCCUGUCAAGGCAACCGGUGUCUGUUGUUGCCCACAGACCUCAACAUUCCUCCAACACACAACCCGAACAACAAUACCUUUGUUCAUUGUCAAAAAGCUUAUAAUUGUGCAAUAUAAUGUAAUGUAAAAGUCAUUGUGAUGAUUUUAUUUGUGAUUAUUAUUGAUAGAUUUUAUUUUUAUCAAAAAUUGUUUAGAGAGCGUUUAUAUGAGCAAUAAAUUGCA